UAGACUAGAACCAGCUGAACGGCAUAACACUAUACCAUGCUUCGCAGUGUCCUAGGAAAAACCUUUCGAUUUCUUGGGUAUACUGUGCAAUAUGGCUGCAUGGCGCAUUGUGCCUUUGAGUACCUUGGAGGAAUUGUUGUGUGUUCUGGACCUUCCAUGGAACCAACCAUUCAAAAUUCUGAUAUUGUCUUUUCGGAGAACCUUAGCCGCCACUUUUAUUGUAUUCGAAAAGGAGAUAUUGUAAUUGUGAAAAGCCCAAAUGACCCCAAAUCAAAUAUCUGUAAAAGAGUAAUUGGCUUGGAAGGGGAUAAAGUCUGCACAAGCAACCCUUCAGAUUUCCUUAAGAGUCACAGCUAUGUGCCUAAAGGACAUGUUUGGUUAGAAGGUGAUAAUCUCAGGAAUUCUACAGAUUCCAGGUGCUAUGGACCUGUUCCUUACGGACUGAUAAGAGGACGCAUUUGUUUUAAGAUAUGGCCUCUGAAUGACUUUGGAUUUCUACGUGCAAGCCCCAAUGGCCAUAGAUUUCUUGAUGAUUAAAAGAUUUAAGUGACUAUUGCCAGCUUUCAUAAUAUUUUCUACUAAAAUCAAUGGAACUAUUUUUGUUUAGAAUAAACACAAAUUUUACUUGA